GCUAGUGAACAAUUCUGAGAAAGAGACCAAGAGAGAGGGAAGAAAAGACAGAUAGAGAGGGAGAGGGAGGAAAGAAAAGAGGGAAAAGAGGAGGAGAUAAAGAGAGGAUAGAGCAAGAGAGAGAGAGCGAGAGCGAGCAUGUGCGAUGAGCAAUAGCUGUGGACCUUACAGUUGCUGCUAACUGCCCUGGUGUGUGUGAGGGAGAGAGAGAGAGGGAGGGAGGGAGAGAGAGCGCGCUAGCGCGAGAGAGCGAGUGAGCAAGCGAGCAGAAAAGAGGUGGAGAGGGGGGGAAUAAGAAAGAGAGGAGGAAAGGAGAGAAGGCAGGAAGAAGGCAAGGGACGAUACAACCAUGCUGUGCUGUAUGAGAAGAACCAAACAGGUUGAAAAAAAUGAUGAGGACCAAAAGAUUGAACAAGAUGGCAUCAAACCAGAAGAUAAGGCUCACAAGGCCGCCACCAAAAUUCAGGCUAGUUUCCGUGGACACAUAACAAGGAAAAAGCUCAAAGGCGAGAAGAAGGGUGAUGCCCCAGCGGCUGAGGCCGAAGUGACCCAGAAGGAUGAAGCCCCUGUUGCUGAUGGCGUGGAGAAGAAGGAGGGAGACGGCCCCGCCGACGCGGCCCCAGCCACUGGCCCCAAGUCUGAAGCAGGCGACGGCCCUUCUGAGGAGAAGAAGGCGGAGAGCGCCCCUGAUGCUACUACAGAGCAGGGAGCAGCUCAGGCAGAGGAGAAGGCCGGUUCUGCGGAGACAGAAAGUGCCACUAAAGCUUCCACUGAUAACUUGCAGUCCUCCAAGGCCGAAGAUGCCCCAGCCAAGGAGGAGCCUAAACAAGCCGACGUGCCUGCUGCUGUCACUGCUGCUGCUGCCGCCACCCCUGCUGCAGAGGACGCUGCUGCCAAGGGAACAGCUCAGUCUCCCACGGAGACUGCCGAGAGCAGCCAAGCCGAAGAGAAGAUAGAAGCUGUAGAUGAAACCAAACCUAAGGAAAGUGCCCGGCAGGAUGAGGGUAAAGGAGAAGAAGGCGAGGCGGACCAAGAAAAUGCCUGAACUUUAAGAAAUGGCUUUCCACGUUCCUGCCCUCCCCUCUCCUGACCCCUGUCUCUCCUACCCGCUACUCAACUCCACUCUGAAGUUUCCCUUCCUGUCCUGCUCACGUCUGUGAGUCUGUCCUCUCCCACCUACUAGCCCUCUUUCUCUCUGUGUGGCAAACUUAAAAAAGAAAAAAAAAAAAAAAGAAAAAAAAAAAGCAGGAAAGAUCCCAAGUCAAACAGUGUGGCUUAAACAUUUUUGUUUCUUGGUGUUGUUAUGGCGAGUUUUUGGUAAUGAUGAUCCAAUCAUUUUGGGAAAUUCUUGCACUGUAUCCAAGUUUUUUGAUCUGGUGCGUGUGGCCCUGUGGGAGUCCACUUUCCUCUCUAUCUCUCUGUUCAAAGUGUGUGUGCAAUGUUCCGUUCAUCUGAGGAGUCCAAAAUAUCAAGUGAAUUCAAAACCAUUUUUCUUUUUCUCCUUUUCAAUGUGAUGGAAUGAACAAACAAAGGAAAAAAAAUUAAAAAUCAAGAUUGUUUUAAAAAUAAAUAAAUAAAGCAGAUGUGCCAAUUAGCGUAACUUGCGGCUCUACGACUCCUUUUUCAAUCUGAAUAUUAAUAAAUCAAGAGAAUAAUCAA